AUGACCAAAUGGUUAGCCCCAAAUCCCUCUUGGCCUAAAUUAAAUUUUGAUGGGUCAGCUCAAAAUACCUGGCAAGCGAGAGGUGGAGUUAUUCAUGAUCAUCAGGGGACUACUAUUGCUGCCUAUGCGAGUAGCCUGAAGAAUCAUAAUGUCACUCAAGCUGAGGGAAUGGCUCUCCUAUGGGGGCUGAAGUUCACCACUGCUAUAGGUAUUAGACAAUUGGAAAUCGAAGGUGAUUCUAAAGUAAUUAUGGAAGUUGAUAGUGGUAGAUCUGUAGUGGGUUGGAAAGUGAAAUCUAUUUGGAGGGAUGCAAGAAUGUUUAUGGCUAACCUUGACUGUUUCACUGUCCGCCACAUUUUCAAAGAAGGGAAUGCGACUGCUCACUCUAUGGUUGUUGUUGGUAGGUUGCAAGACGGCUUACGGUGUUGGAGGAACACUGAUCUUCUGCCAGUGAUCACCAAGGAGAUCUUGGAGAAAGAAAAAACUAAGUCUUAA